UCCAAAAGAAACCCAAAGUUUAUUUAAAAUGCAUCGUUCACAAACUGGUCUAAAGAAAAGAGGCAGAAAGCGAGAAAGCAGAGUAAAUGAAAAACAUCCUGCAAGGAAGAAGAACUCAUCACUGGACCUAAAAUCAGAUGGAAAAAGAAGACAUGUGAGAAAAAUUAGAACAAAAGAAGACAGCAGCAGUAGAAGAGAAAGCUUAACAGAGCAAAGCAGUAAUGAGCAAGUGGAAGAAGAAGAAGACAAAAUUCCUGAGAGACAGCUAAAAAAGAGAAGUAAAGUAGUAAAAGGAAGGCCAGAGAAUUGUGAACAUGAUGAUGAAAUUGCAAAGACUGUCAGCAUAAAUGAUAACAUGUCUUCCUCAGGGAGCAAGCUAAGCACUUCUGAUGUUGACCAACCUUCACCAUCUACAGAACACAAGCGGCAGAAGCCCAUAGACAAGCAAAAGAAGGGGGAAAAACCACCUUGCGUUACUUUUAAGACUGCAGGAAAAGUUGAAUUAUCAAAAACUCCACGAAGUUCAAAAACUGUUGCAAUAACCACAACAACACUGGGUGUAGAAGAUAAAAAAGCUGUGGAUAUCAACAAAUCAGCCAGAGGAUGUUCUACACAGAAAAAGUCAAAAUACAAAGAUUUCCAGGCUACCACCAAACAAGAAAUAGAAUCUCCAUCCGUAACCACAAGACUAGAGAGAGAAUAUCCAUAUGUCACCACAAAAUCCAGUAGAGAUCAUCCAUCUACUUUUACAGCAGAUGAAACCUCUGCAUCCACUACCAGAACAAAAGCUGACGUUCCAUUAACUUCCAAGCCUGAUUCAAAAGUUUCAUCCAAUACAGAAAAUAAGUCAUCUAGCUCCAUGUUAAGCAUAGAAGUCCCGGUGUAUUUAAAACAAAAUCAAAAAUUGCCAUCUAAAAUGAAUACAAGAAAAGAAGAUCUUUCUAAACCUAUUGCAAAAGAGGAAGCUGUAUCAAGAGCCAAAUCUAAACAGAAACUAUCCCACAGCAAAGGAGUUGAGGAACUCAAGCUGCAGGAAAAAGCACAAGUGGAAGCAUUAUCAAAUACAAAACCAAAGAUAGAAACUCCAGGGAAUAAGCAAGUAAGAAUAAAGGUGCCAAAUGAGUCAAAAACAAGUGCUAAGGGUUUAUCCAAUAACAAAAUAAGUGAAUCCUCCCCAAACAUAAUAGAGGAUGGGAUGGGAACUUCAUCUGACAACAAGACUAACAGAGAUAGUUCAUCAAUUUUAAAAUCUAAUGUAGAAAAAGAAUCCAAGAAAAAUAAGGAAAAAGCAUCUGCAUCAGGAAUAAAAAAAACAUCUUCAUCCACAUACAAGACAGAAGUUCUACAGCCAGGCAGCACCAAGUACAUUAAAGAAAAGGAAUUAGUUAUAGACGAAGAUGAUGACCCAAGAACAAAUAUGAAAAGAAAAACUUUACCCAAAAUUGAAACAAAAGCUGAAAAUCCAUCAAAAAUUAAGAAAGGGAGAAUGCAGUCAAACUAUAAAGCAGUAGAACAGGAACAACCGAGCACCAUGGAAGAGGAGGAAGGAUGUUUGAAAAAAAAUGAACCCACAAUAAAAUUAACUAAAGCUGCAGUAAAAGAUGAAAAACGUUCAGCUCUUAAUAAGACUGAGCUAGUUACAACAUCUAACACUAAAAAAAUCCUAAAAUCACCAUCUACUGCAAAAAGUUCAAAAGACAUCUCAACAUCAUCAAUAACUAAAGAAACCAAAGAUAAGGAAAACAAUAUACGUUUGAAACAACGGGAGAUGAAAAGAGAGGUAAGAGGGACCCCAAAGAAAAAAACGAACUCUGUAAAUACGAGAGAAAUAUCUAGCCAAAGAACAUCACAACAGAAUACUUCAGUUCAAGAGAAAAAAAAGAAGGAGAGCUCUUCUAGUCUUGUAACAGAUGAUGAGUCACAUACAGAGAAUUCAAAGAUUAAGGUGGUGGAUGGGGAAACCUCCUCCUCCUCAUCAUCAUCAUCAUCAUCAUCAUCAUCCCCAUCAGAGAGUAGCGAAGAAGAAGAAGGAGAAGGAGAAGAAGAAGAAGAAGAAAAAGAAGAAGUAAAGCCUAAAGAACAAGCAGAGGAAGAGAGCUCAGCUAGUGAUGACAGUGAGAGUGAAGAAGGCAGGGAAGGUAGCUCAUCUGACUCAAGUGAGUCAGCAGGUGCAACAGAGAAGCAAAGCACUAAUCACACAAGUAGUAAAGAACAGGUGGCAGGAAAGAAAAGCAGCGAAGAUGACAGUGAUAGUUCAAGUGAAACUUCAGAUGAUGAAACUGCAGACGAAGAUGAAAACAAUCAGUCCGAAAUAGAAAAUGAAGGGAAAAGUGAACAAGAAAAUACUGAACAAGAUGAAGAAGAAGACAGUGACAAUGUCCUAAGUGGGAAAACUGUUGAAAGAAAGGAGGAAAAUAUAACAGAGAAAACUGAAGAUAACAAUGGAGAUGAAGAUGUUGCAAGAUCAACAAAUAGUCACAAGAAUGGAUCAGAUGACACGGAGACAAAGAAUGCAAGUAAAAAUGCAAAAAAAAGUUCUAUUUCAGAUCCUAAAUUAAAAAAAAAGUAUGAAAAUGAAAAAAAAGUCGAAGUAAAGGAAGGGCCUUCAGCCAAAAGAAAACCUCUGCCUAGGGGUAUAAGAUCUAAACUUCUGCAUGUCAAGCCUGGCACAACUUCAAAGGAUGUGGAAAAUAUUCCAACACCUAGUGAUGGUUUUAUGAACCUAAUUAAGCAUUCCAACCAAAUAAGAGCAGAGCCUGAAAAACUCAUAUGUGUUAAGCCAGGAAAGAAUUUGAAGAAAAAAGAUCAGAGAUCAUCUUCUUCCUUAAAGGUUAAAAGAGACAUUGAGCAGACAAUAGAGCUAGCUACACGACCACAUCUUAAUUUCAUUGCACAGACUCAUAUAAUUGCAAACCUCAAAAAGAGACAAAAGGAAGUCCGAGAGAAACUAAGAGUUAAAGAGAAGGAAAAUCAACAAGCUGCCUUAGAUAAUACAAAAACAGAAGAGAGUUCUUCAGAUGAUGAACAUAUAAUGAAAGGACAACAGUCCAUUAAUUCAGCUACUCUUAGUAUUGUUGAUUCCAAAAACAGAACGUUGAUAAAUGUUCAAGGAAAGACAGGAGGGGGAGAAUAUAAAAUAGGGCAACUGCUAAGUACAGCAACAAACAAAAAGGAUCAAGGUAACCAAGGUGCUUCUAACACUCCAGAAAUGGAAGAAAGGGAUAUUGAUGGACAGAAUAUGCCAAACUGUCUUCCUGGAGUUACUAAAAAUGGAAAAACAGCCUGUUCAAUGUCAGCCUUUCGUAGGGUAACCGGAUGGCUGAAGAGAGUUCCACCUAAAAAACCCAACUUGAAGGAACGUUUAGCUAGUGUUGCACGAGCCAUUGGGAUCACAGACUGGCUGUUCAGAACAUUCAGAAGAAAAAAAAAGCGUAGACAAUGUGAACUUAAAAGAAGAACAGCCAUGAGGUUACUAAGCUCAUCAAAGCUCAUGAAUCAAUUCAGCCAGACCUCAGUAAGAAAGCAUAGCAUGGAAAAAACCUCUGAAGAAAAUCUUGAUGCAUGUACACUAAAAAGUGCUAGUAAGAAGUGCAGCAAGUCAGAGAAACAUAUUGACACAUCAGAAUCAAGUCUUAAGACAUUUUGUGAGAGCCCUGAAGGUGAAGAAUCCACUGUUACUGCAGAUGCAAAAUAUGCUAUAGUUUUUCCAAGAAUCCACCAUCUUGCAAAAACCAUAAAGAUUUCUCCUGCUGUCCAGAGGUGUACUCCCAACACUGGACAGAGAGUCAUUGUGUCUGUACAGCCUGCUUCAUCAACCAAAAUCUCAGAAAGGUUAAUGAAAGACACAAAGAAAGGCGUUGAAAAUCAGACUGAUACCAUACAACGAUAUCGACCCUUACAGCUAGUGGAAUCAAGAUCCAGUAUAGGACAAGACUUACAAGCUAAUGAAGAGUCACAGAGUUCAGUCACAUUUUCAAAGCCCAAACUAAGCAAGGAAAAUGAAGAACAUUCGGUUCAAAGCACACCAGUAAAUGGAACAACACUGACUGACUCUCAAGUGGGAUCAUCAGUUGUAGACUCAACCCAGGAUAUUCAGGCAGAGGAGGAGGAGGAAGAGCAAAGCCCUUCUUAUGCAUCAACAACUCAUGUUCACUGGGCCCACAGUGUACCUGGAAGAACCUGUGAUCCCACAUGCUGGCUAAGUUCAGAAACUCUCCUGCCACGCCUUACAGUGGAAAAUCUUAGUAAAUGGACAAUCUACCAAGAUACUCCUCCUACCAAACCUGCACAACCUAUACAACCUCAAAGGGAUAGAUGGGAGGCCGAGGAUUAUACAGAAGAUAUGUUGCAAAUGGCAAUGAACAAGAAGCAGGCCCGUACAGGGGAGCAGUGCCCAGAAGUGGAGGAGCUGUCUGAUUUGUCAUUUUUAAAGGAAGUAUGUGAAAGUGCUGUCCUGCUAUGCCUAAAGAAGAGAUUUCACAGGGAUGCUAUAUAUGUAAACCCACACAUGCUCGAUGAGAGUUUAACGCAUGCUCGGUAG